AUGGAUACUGCCGACGUCCUCCGUGUAAUCUGUGAGCUCAGCGUGCGGGCUUUGCGCGCACACCGGGAGCAACAGAAGCACAUCAAAGAGCAUCGAAACCUCCAAGAGGCGUUGCAGCAAACCACCUCCGACCUGGAAGAGACGGUCCACUUGGCUGGUAUUCUGUACGAGACCAACCACCGGAUGGGAAGGGUGAUUGACUAUCCGUUCAAGGAGCGGGGGGUGGCCCCUAGCGGGGAAUCCGAGUCUUUCGAGAUCGUGCUAGACCAUGUACUCAACCAGCUUGAGGGCACCGAAGGAGAUCGAAUGGAUGGCGCUAAGCCUCCAACCCCAGCAGGAGACGUCACCAUGACCGAGAAUCCUACAUCAACAGGGGAUUCACCUGGUGCCACCGGGGAGCGGCUGUGGAGCAAGCCUGGUCAAGGGGGUGAAAAAUGGCCAUUCUCCACGGCUGGGCGUCAAUAA